AUGUACAAGAAGACCGGCAACUUAGUGAGCAUUAGGAGACGACUUGAUACUAAGGAACCACAGAAUGGGCAUGGAAAAGCUGACAGCAAGGUGUAUAACAGCGUCCUGGAACUAAUUGGGAAUACACCACUUGUCAAACUGAACAAGAUACCGAAAGACUAUGGAGUACAAUGUGAAGUUUAUGCCAAAUGCGAAUUUAUGAACCCUGGUGGCUCCAUAAAGGAUAGAAUCGCUUUAGCGAUGAUCCAGGAUGCCAGGAAACGAGGACUCGUGAAUAAUGGCACUGAAUUCGUUGAAUCAACUUCUGGAAAUACUGGAAUCGGCAUUGCUCUUAAUGCCGCGCUCAUGGGAAAUAAGUGUAUAAUUGUAACUCAAGAUAAGAAUUCGUCGGAAAAAGUAAAUACUAUGCGUUUGUUGGGAGCCGAAGUGAUCCAAACCAAAACAGGUGAUCUGGAAAUAUCUAUCGCUCGUCAGCUCAAAGACGACAAUCCCGAUACGAUGGUGAUGUUAAACCAAUUCGACAAUGAAGUUAACCCGAUGACCCACUUCGAAAACACUGGUGAAGAAAUAGUAUCAGCAUUAGGUGAUGUAGACGUGGUGGUGUUAGGAGCAGGCACUGGUGGCACCAUGACUGGUGUUGGAAGGAGACUGAAGGAGAACAAUCCCAAAUGCAUAAUAGUAGCGGCUGAGCCUGAGGGUUCUACCUUGUUUAUUAAAAAAGGAAAACCUCAUUCCUCUUUGGUUGAAGGAAUUGGAGGAACUUGGGCACCGACCGUUCUAGAUAAGUCGGUAGUAGAUCAUGUAGAAAUGGUCACGGAUCAAGAAUCUUUCAUGAUGGCAAGGGAGCUUUCUAGAAAGGAGGGAUUGUUGUGCGGAGGAAGCAGUGGAUCUGCCAUGUGUGCAGCUAUCAAGGCUAUCAAAGCGCUGGAUAUCGGUGAGGGCAAGCGCGUUGUGGUUAUCCUGCCUGAUGGCAUCCGCAACUACAUGACUAAGUUCGUCAGCGACCAGUGGAUGGAAGCACACCACUUCAUAGAACCCCCACAGUAUACCAUGAAUUGGUGGACCCAUCCCAUAUCCGAAUUGCAUUUGGAUCGCACCUAUCCCAAGUUGAAUAAAACCUGCACUUGUUCGCAAGCCUUAGAGGCUAUGAAAGCUACCAACGUGAACAUUGCCGUCAUCGUCGAUAACAUUGGGCACUUCGUAGGAGUUGUUUCUAAAGACAGCCUUCGGAACAGGGCGACAAACCCCACUAAGCUACCUGGCCAGUCUUGCCUGGAGUAUGAUUUCGAAGACGUGGUGACUGAUCACCUUGACAAACACGUGUACACUCUCGCGGUAAACGCUGAGACGACCAAGCCUACGAUUGGCCUACUGUCCCGUAUACUGGAUAUCACUCCGUAUGUGAUCAUCGGAAAAGAAGGCUAUGAUGUCAGCGCCUUCUUCGUGCCAAGUGGAGUGGUGACCGGGGAUGAUGUUCUCGACUACAUACAUGAACACACUAGACCUUGCAACUAGAUGCAGAUCGCAGUUAAAUUCACCACAAAAGCUUUAUAUAUUUAUAAGCCGCUUAACAAUUAUUUUUUUAAAUAAAUUUAUUUUACCGCU